AUGUCGUACGUUGUUGGCGAUGAGGGCUGUGAAAUUGACCUGUCAAAGCUCAUCAGCUACACCAUGUCAUUUCAACCCUUGCAGCUGCUUUUUGAGGAUAUCAUUAAGCGGCUGAAGCAGUCAGAAACUGCAAAUGAGAGACAAGACAACGAACUGACCCUGCUGCGGAUGGAAAUGGACGAGUUGCGGAGGCGCGACGCCGAUCGUGAGGCGCAGUUACAGAACAUUCUGUCCCGGGCACCGGGAGCCCACCGGCAGCAACCACAAAAACCCGAAGGGGCGACGGUGGAGACGGUGGAAACUGAGGCAGAAGACUCUAAAUUGGAGCAAGCACCAGCGGAGUGGUUACCUCCAUACGAGGACAGAGGGCAAUCCGAUAACCUACAGCCACUUUGGGAUGAAAUCGAAUACCUAAAGAGGAUGGUGGGAAAUUUCUGCGAACCGAUGAAUAACGCCUCCAUUGAACAGCUUUACCACGCCAGGAGGAAAGUUUCCACGACGCAACAAUCACCUCUCAGUGGAACCGACGGCGAUUUCGUGACGAAGGAGAAACAAAAGGGAGGAGAUACUGAGGGUGUGGCGGUUGGUGAAGUUAUUCUGCAGCGCGCAAAUGAAGAGCUUCAACUUGAUGGGAUAUCCCCAAAAGAGGAAGAUCCAACUGGGGAGUCUAUGCAACCGGACAACCGCGCCGAGGAUGUGGUGCCCGACCAAUUGGGGCAGCAGGGUGAGUCCAGCCUCGCACAACCCUCCGGAAGGGUGACACGUCCAGUGUCAGGCCGUCGGAUGAGUCAGGGAAGGAGCUCAAUCAGUGGUGUGUCGUUCACGAGGGGGAUGUCCCCAGAGGAUUCCAACAAUCCCGAAUCACUUUUCGUGCGCGUACGUCAAGAUGAAGAGAGUAUAGGUCGCCUCAAUCGCGUCGUAGCGGAGAUAUUGAGUGAGUUGAAGGGACUGCAGAAGGAUGUUGACCUGAUGCGCACCGUCGGGCCUGGUGAUGGUCUUGAUGCCGUACAAUCUGCGCGCCUGGAGGGAGUGGAAGAAGAGCUGGAGGAACUUAAGAGACGCCUUAGUGCGCUUGAAGGGGGUGGCAUGCCAUACUUGGGUGACACCACGGACGAUGUUGCGAGGACUACGCCACACGAAGGUACUGAAAGCUCUUUCCGCAACAGCGGUGAUGGCGACGUUGGCGGUGUUGCGGAAGGUGACACCGCUCCGGAAGCUGCUGUUGAGGCCCGUCCCACUGGCAUUGUCACCGGUUCUGGUGGUGAUGUUGUAUCAUCUUCCUCUACCCAAAACAGACCGGCAAACACGGAGGUGAGGGAUUUGAGAGCUCGUCUCAAUAACCUUGAGGCGGCGUUCCGGCGCAUGAAUGACAAACUACUGAAAAUCACUCCCACUGACUCCCAGCCGAAGGCGAAGGAGACGUCCCCCAUCCCACCUCAGUCGGUAGGGGAGCCCGCGAGUGGCGUUGAAAAGGAGCUAGCAGAGUCCAAAGAAUUUGAGUCAGGAGUGGAUAAGGGAGACUUAGAGCAAGUGUGGGGGGCAAUUCGUAAGUUGCAAGGGGAAGCCAAGGGGCUCGGUAGGCUGUGCGCUACGUUAGAGAGGAAAAAACAAGACAAGGGCGCCGCUCAGGAGUCAUCUCCGGAGACUGGGGGAGGUGUGAGUGAUGAGGGACAAAUGAAGGCUGACAAAGAAUUGGGGUCCAAACAGGGACAGGAAUCAGGGGAUGGAAGUCCAGUAUUAGCCGACCUUAAGGGGGAUGAGGAAGUAAAGGAGCGUGUGAAGGACCUGUCCAAACGUCUAAAUCAGUUGCAAAACCGUUUGGUAAGUGUUGAAGGCAACGUACUUAACCUCGACGAUCGCAAGGCAGAUUACUCCGGGCUUCAGCGUUUGGCUGACGACGUUCGCGGUUUGCGACAGCUUUUGGAAAUGGAGAGCAGUAAGGGUGGCAGCGAGGGAGCCGCUGCCACAGCUCAGAAGCAGGAGGAACAAAUUCAAAAUGUACAGAAGGACCUAGUGGAGCAAAUGCAGAUGCUACAGGCCGUCAGGGACGGCACUAGCGGUGAACUAGACACUCUGCGUAAAUAUGUGGAGCAUAUUGACCGCUGCAAGGCGGAUGCGCAGCUUGUGGCCAACAAGGCUGAGCGCGAUUACGUUGAGAACGCACUGGAGAGGUUGAUGCGUGAGGUGGAGCAGGUUCUCAACACCACCAACGCAAGCCUCAUUGAUACACUUGACAAAUCUCUCAAUAUACUACGCGACAUGUUGGAUGGCAAGGCAGGCAAGGAAGAUCUUGUCAACAUGCAGCGCAUCUUGAGUGAGGAGCACGACGGCGGCGGUGUUGCUGAUGUUCUGAUGGGUUUUAGGGGCUUCCGCUGCCUUGGUUGCAACCGUCCUGUCGACAAGAUGCGGCCGCGGUCGUUGGGAAGCAGACUUCAACCAUUCGUAAAUCGCCUGCCGCAGAAUCUCCCACCUGAUCAAAUAAUGGGACACGUUCAGGAUGUUCCGCUUAUUUAUAAUACAAACAAAGAUGUUAAACCGAGUAGUGCAUAG